AUGAAAACAGGCAAUUGGAUAGAACUUUUUGAAAAUUUUUGGGAGUAAUUUAAAACAUUUUAAUUUAGCAAAUCAUAAGUGACUUUUAUAGGAUUAUAUUUAAAUAAUAAAAAAUAAGGAAAAUGGUAAAUAUAUUUUUUUAAUUAAAAAUUAAAAUAAAUAAACAAAAUGUAUAAAUUUAUUACAAUUUAAAAAGCGGUGAAGGCUAUUAUGAUUAUGAAGGAAUUAGUUAAGGGUAUUGGAUUAAUUUGCACAGAAACUUUUAUGAGUAUAUAAAUAUAAAUAAAUUUAAUAGUGGAAGAUAAAUUAUUUAUAAAGGAAGUUAUAAUAAUGGUACUAAAUAAGGAUGGUGGGAUAUUUCAUUUCAUAGUUAUUUUGAUAGUCGUUUUAAAAAGAUGUAAUAAUUAAAAUACUCUUAGAGGAGGAGGUUAUUAUAAUAGAGAUGGGAAAAAAAUGGAAAAUGGAUUGAGGUUAGUGAAAAUUUUUGGAAGUAAAACUAAUCUAAUUAAUUUAAGUGGAUGUUAGAUUUUAGAAAAAGGAGAAUAUAGAAAUGGUUUAAAAAUUGGAAUUUGGGAAUCUUAAUUAAAGGAAUAUAUAGAUGAUAAUUAUAAAUUAAUGUAGUUAUCUUCAUUAUUAAUCUAUUUUUAGAGGCUUAGGAUGUUAUAAUAUUGAUAGAAAAAAUGGAAAAUGGAUAGAAAUUCAUCAAAAAUCGAUGAGGUAUAAUUAUAUAAUAGUUUUAUUCAUUCUAAAUAUUUUGAGUGCAAAAUAAUAAAUGUAGGAAAUUAUAAAGAGGGUCUUAAAAUUGGAAAUUGGAUAAGUAUAGAUCAAUAAACUGAAAAUAUUAUGUAAAAGUAUCAUAUUUGAUUAUAGAGGAGGAGGUGAUUAUAAUUAAAAUGGAUAGAAAUUAGGAAUUUGGGUAGAAGCAGAAGAUUAUAGGUAGUAAUUAAUAUCAUAUUUUCAGCUCUUUGUCAAAAAUUACAUAAAAAGGCAGAUAUGUAAAUGGAAAUAAAGAAGGAUAAUGGCAAAUUAAUUUGAAUAAUUA